CGUGAACCAAAUCGCGCGAAAUUUUAGUGGAAGGUUCACCCGAGGAAGGGUGAAGAUGGCACAGGAUAUGCGGGAACUGAGGAACUACAUCACGGCCAAGGACGGAUACGAGUAUACAGAAGUGGCCGAUGGCUUGGUGUGUCUUCACAUCACCCACUCGAACCUUCGCGCGACGAUCGUGGACAUUCGCUUGGACAUGCACAUGACGCUGGCCGAAGUGAAGGAAAAAGUGUACCGGCAUUGCGGUACAAAGCCCGAUUACAUGACGCUCGUCUUGAAGAGUGGGUCUACGGUUAUCGGGAUCAUGGACGACGAGAGGCGCAUGCUCGGGUACUACCCCGUCCAGCACGGGAUGACGAUCCACGUCGUAGACAACGAUCCGUUCUCGCUUGCGAAAGGCGGCGGACUCGAAGACGUGUCGUUGAUCAAGAAGUACGAAAUCAGCGAAGAAGACUACGACAAGCGCGCGAACACGGUGCGCAACUACAAGCGGGAGCAAAUCGCGAAAGAUCCCAACUGGAAACCGCCUGUCCUCAUGGGCGCGGGAUUGCGCGGCAUCAAGAAGGACUACGGUCCCGAGACGGUGGAAGGUAUCGACGUGGGCAUGCGCUGCGAAGUCACGCCAGGCGGACGCCGUGGUCGUGUCGCGUACGUCGGCGUUGUGCCCGAGUUGGCGUCAUCGGAAGUGGAAGGGUACUGGGUCGGCGUUGUCUUUGAUGAACCUGUGGGCAAAGGCAACGGGUGUGUCAAAGGCACGCGGUAUUACGACUGCCUCGACAAGUUUGGGGGUUUCAUUCGACCUCCCAAUGUUCAAGUCGGCGACUUCCCACCGCAGGACGAACUCCUCUCGGACGAAGAUGACGAGUUCUAGAUCGAUGAGACUUGACAACAUGACUCUGGUUUCUCUGUGAAGGUGGUUGGCAUGAAAGGAUCCCCUCUAUGGAGUCUAAUGUUGUGAUAUCAACUACCCAUAACGUUAGCAUGGACGCGACGACGGAUUUCUCGUUAGUGUAUGCACUUGCUCCACGCGCAUGCAUGUUGCUAUGGACAAUGAAUAGGGAUGAUGCCUUAAAUUUCAGCCUUCUUCAAGAUCUCCUCAACAUUCCAGCGCUUUCGCUUGCUCAACGGACGCGUUUGACUGAUGCGCACCAUGUCGCCAAUGUUGCACGUGUUCUCUUCGUCAUGGGCCAUGAACUUCUUUGUCUUCUUGUAGUACUUGCCGUACGUCGGGUCCUUCACGAUGCGUGUGACGGCGACGAGGACGCUCUUCUGCAUCUUAUCGCUCACAAUCUUCCCAAAGAUAGGCUUCAUCGUUCGCCGCUGCUGCUUGUUCAAAUGCACCACGCUUCCUG